GGUGGUUUUGACAGCAAUCGAUGCACCGGUUCAGGAUGUAACACUACUAUUUGCCGUUGAUUGGUUUGUCGAUCGCAUACGUACUACAAAUAAUAUGCUGGGAGAUUGUUAUACUGCUGCAGUCGUUGAGGAACUUUCACGUAAAGAAUUAAUGGCACUCGAUGCUGCUGUACUCUAUCAGGAAAUUCCCAUUAGUACUCCAAAUGGUCAUGUCAGUUUAGAAGGACAAACUGAAUUGGAUAGUAAUUGUACUAUACCGGAUGCUGUUAUCGUUGAUAUGAAUGUGGUUAUUAACAAAGUCCAUCAGCAACAACAACAACAGCAGCAGCAGCAGCAACAACAACAACAUCAUAAUGGUCAUGCAAAUAAUAAAAUUUAAAAGCGAUACAAUAUUGAGCGAAGCAGAAAGAAAGCAAAAAGAAAAUUUAACAAUAUUUUUUAUUAAGGCAAACAACUAAUUAAUAUUUUAAAGGCAAAAGAUAAUAACUAAUUAAUCAUUAUUAUUAAGAUUUAGUAAAGAUGGUAGUGUUCCAGUAUAAACCAUAUGAAAAAAAAAAUUCAAAUAUUUAAACUGUCAAUUUUUAAAACACCACAAAAACACAAACAAACAACAAUAUUAACGACAUUUAAUUAGAAAAAAAAAAAAAAAAAAAAAAAAA